GGAGGGCGGAGGUCGCGCGGUGAGCCCUUCUUAAGCUCCGCAAACCGCGCGAGACUUCCUCCCUAGCUCCUUGGCGGAGUUAUUUUAUACAGAAGUCUUGUGAGAUCACUGUGCAAACAAGGUGAUGAUUGUACAAAGAGUGGUAUUGAAUUCCCGACCUGGAAAAAAUGGUAAUCCAGUGGCAGAAAAUUUCCGAGUAGAAGAAGUAAAUUUACCAGAUAAUAUCAAUGAAGGACAAGUACAAGUCAGAACUCUUUAUCUUUCUGUGGAUCCUUACAUGCGUUGUAAAAUGAAUGAAGACACUGGCAGUGACUAUCUAACACCUUGGCAGCUGUCUCAGGUGGUUGAUGGUGGAGGUAUUGGGAUUAUAGAAGAAAGCAAACACACAAAUUUUACUAAAGGCGAUUUUGUGACUUCUUUCUAUUGGCCCUGGCAAACCAAGGUUAUUCUAGAUGGAAAUAUUGUUGAAAAGGUAGACCCACAACUUGUGGAUGGACACCUUUCAUACUUUCUUGGAGCUAUAGGGAUGCCUGGUUUGACCUCCUUGAUUGGGAUACAGGAAAAAGGUCAUAUAACUGCUGGAUCUAAUCAGACAAUGGUUGUUAGUGGGGCUGCUGGUGCUUGUGGAUCCUUGGCUGGGCAGAUAGGCCAUUUGAUGGGCUGUUCCAGAGUUGUGGGAAUUUGUGGAACACCUGAGAAGUGCCUCCUUUUGACCUCAGAACUGGGCUUUGAUGCUGCAAUUAACUAUAAAGAGGGGAGUGUGGCAGAACAGCUUCGUGAAUUAUGCCCAGCUGGAGUGGAUGUUUACUUUGACAAUGUUGGUGGUGACAUCAGUGAUACAGUGAUAAGUCAGAUGAAUCAGAACAGCUACAUCAUCCUAUGUGGUCAAAUUUCUCAGUACAACAAAGAUGUGCCUUAUCCUCCUCCGCUACCUCCUGCUGUAGAAGCAAUCCAGAAAGAAAGAAACAUCACAAGAGAAAGAUUUCUGGUAUUAAAUUACAAGGACAAAUUUGAGUCUGGUAUUCUCCAGCUGAGUCAGUGGUUUAAAGAAGGAAAGCUAAAGAUCAAAGAGACUGUGAUAAAUGGAUUGGAAAACAUGGGAGCUGCAUUCCAGUCCAUGAUGACAGGAGGUAAUAUCGGAAAGCAGAUAGUUUGCAUUUCAGAAGAAACCUCUUCGUAAUCUCUAUAAACAUCUUCAUUAAGGAAAUACAUGGAUUACUUUCCAUUUUGCACAAAGAUUUCAAGAUAUAUUUUAAAAACUCCUUAAAAGCA